CCAGGCAAAUCGGAAAAUGCAAUGAUGAAAUGCAAAAGCUGUGUGCUGAAGAGGGCAUGCAAUGCGAAGUUAUCAACGGUACCUCGGUUUGCGUAGAUCGGUCUGUUAAAAAAUGCGACGUCUCGAUGGAGCAGAAGUGCAAGAAAAUAGGCAAGAAGUGUGACGACAGAAACAACUUCGUCGUAUGCGAAGACCCGAGGCCUCCACCGUGUCCUGAGGAAGCGAAAAAAAGGUGCGCUGAUGUUCAUCUCAACUGUGUAGAGAUCCAUCAUAGCCCCAAAUGCAUCGAUCCUACAGCCAAGAAGUGCAACGAGAAGAUCGAAGAUAAGUGCAAGAAAUUAGGCCAGCAGUGCGAGGACGAGGACGGCUUCGUAGGCUGCAACACCAGGCAAAUCGGAAAAUGCAAUGAUGAAAUGCAAAAGCUGUGUGCUGAAGAGGGCAUGCAAUGCGAAGUUAUCAACGGUACCUCGGUUUGCGUAG